AACAAGUACAAUUGUUAGUAUAUGUGAACACUGAGAUAUACUUCACAGUUGAUACUGAUAUUUUCUCUGGGGUAAGAAACUGAACCGUCUCUCUUCAGAAAUGUCUUCAGAAGAUGAAGAGCAACAUGACCUGUCACCUAGGGACUCAGCUGAAGGAAAUGACCAGCUUCUAUCUGUGGUCGAUCCAGAGCCUCAAGAAGAAUCGAGUACUGACUACAAGCAAUUUGAGACCAGUGAUCACUGCAGACCUUAUUCUAGGAUCCAUAUGGAACCUCAGGAGAAAUCAAAUACUAACUUCAAGCAGUUUGUUAUCAGAAAACUACAGAAGAACUGCCACUGCAGUCGAGCCAAAGCAAAGAAUUUGAUUUUUGAUUUCCUUCCUGUUUUGCGGUGGCUUCCAAAAUAUGAUAUAAAGAAAAACCUUUUAGGAGAUUUUAUGUCUGGCUUGAUUGUGGGCAUCUUAUUGGUACCCCAGUCCAUUGCUUAUUCCCUUUUAGCUGGCCAAGAACCUAUCUUUGGUCUGUACACAUCUUUUUUUGCCAGCAUCAUUUAUUUCCUGUUUGGAACCUCACGUCAUAUCUCUGUGGGAAUUUUUGGAGUACUGUGCCUUAUGAUUGGGGAAGUAGUUGACCGAGAACUGCACAAAGUUUUCCCUGACACUAUCCCUAAUUCUACAGUUGGGAGCACAUUAUUAAACCACACAUCAGAUAUGUCUAACAAAAGUUACUAUGCAAUUAAAAUUGGCAGCACUGUAACAUUUAUGGCUGGAGUUUAUCAGGUAGUGAUGGGCUUCUUUCAAGUGGGCUUUAUCUCUGUCUACCUCUCAGAUGCCUUGCUGAGUGGAUUUGUUACUGGUGCCUCCUUCACUAUUCUUACAUCUCAGGUCAAAUAUCUCCUUGGGCUCCGCCUCCCUCGGAGUCAUGGUGUGGGCUCACUCAUCACUACCUGGAUCAAUGUCUUCAAAAACAUCCAUCAUACCAAUAUCUGUGACCUCAUCACCAGCCUCUUAUGCCUUCUGGUUCUUUUGCCAACCAAAGAACUCAAUGAGCACUUCAAGGCCAAGCUAAAGGCACCAAUUCCUACUGAACUCAUUGUUGUUGUGGCAGCCACGUCAGCUUCUCAUUUUGGACAACUAAACCAGAAACACAAUUCUAGUAUAGCUGGACAUAUUCCCACUGGGUUUAUGCUACCCAAAGCACCAGACUGGAAGCUCAUUCCCAACGUGGCUGGAGAUGCAAUAGCUAUUUCCAUCAUUGGUUUUGCCAUCACUGUAUCACUUUCUGAGAUGUUUGCCAAGAAACAUGGCUACACAGUCAAAGCGAAUCAGGAGAUGUAUGCCAUUGGCUUUUGCAAUAUCAUCCCGUCCUUUUUCCACUGCAUUACUACUAGUGCAGCUCUGGCAAAGACAUUAGUUAAAGAAUCAACAGGCUGCCAGACUCAAAUUUCCAGCGUGGUAACAGCCCUUGUUCUUUUGUUGAUCCUUUUGGUAAUCGCUCCUUUAUUCUAUUCCCUUCAGAAAUGUGUCCUUGGUGUGAUCACAAUUGUGAAUCUGCGGGGAGCCUUUCUUAAAUUUAGGGACCUGCCCAAGAUGUGGAGGGUUAGCAAGAUGGAUACCGUUAUCUGGUUUGUCACUAUGCUGUCCUCUGCACUGCUAAGUACUGAAAUUGGCCUGCUUAUUGGGGUGUGUUUUUCUAUGUUCUGCGUCAUCCUGCGGACCCAGAAGCCCAAGGCUUCCUUGCUUGGCUUGGUGAAAGAAUCUGAAACCUUUGAAUCCACAUCUGCUUACAAGAACCUUCAGACGAAGCCAGGUAUCAAGAUUUUCCGCUUUGUAGCACCUCUCUACUACAUAAACAAAGAGUGCUUUAAGAGUGCAUUAUACAAAAAAACUCUGAACCCAGUCUUAGUAAAGGCAGCUGAGAAGAAGGCAGCCAAAAGAAAGCUCCGAGAGGGAGCAGUGAACCUUGGGAGUGUACAGGAUGAAGUUUCAGCGCACCUUUCCCCAGAUCUGCAGGAGCUGCAUACUGUCGUGAUUGACUGCAGUGCAAUACAGUUUUUAGAUACAGCAGGCAUCCAUACGCUGAAAGAAGUUCGCAGAGAUUAUGAAGCCAUUGGUAUCCAGGUCCUGCUGGCUCAGUGCAAUCCCUCUGUGAGGGAUUCCCUAGCCAGGGGAGAAUACUGCAAAAAGGAAGAAGAAAACCUGCUCUUCUAUAGUGUGUAUGAAGCUGUGGCUUUUGCAGAAGAAUGUCAGAAACAGAAAGCAACAUGUAUCCCCAAUGGUCUGAGCCUGGCCAGUGAUAAUAUGGAUGGAAGCGAAAAUGAUGUCUAGUUGACAGUUAAAAUUUAAAGUAUGCAACACUUAUUAACCUGUUGGCUAGACAUUAUUCUUCCUUUGAAAACAAAGGCCUUUGCUUACACUCAAAUGUAUUCGAGCUUAUAGUUGAGCAGAAUCCAAACAAAAACAUUGUGGUUUCAAGCUUUCUUGUAAGUAGAAAAUAUCCAUGAAUGCAGUAACCCUAAACCAUAUUUACCAACUUUUUUUGAGGUGCUGUAUUACUCUUGGACUCUUCCUUCUCCAGGAGGUAAAAGGGAAGUUGAGAUUCGCUUUAGAAGUACUAAGCUGCCUCGCCUUUACGUGGCUGUGGAGAAUGAUGAAAAAGAGGUGGGAAAGAAUGUUGCCCCUGCCCUUGUACUAGCAGGUCAAGAGCCUUCUGGAACACAAGGUUGUAACAAGACAAGUUUGUUCUUAAUUGUGCUACUCUGUUCCCAAGUUUUGCUUCUCAGGGUGCAGUAGGAUCUCUGGCUUUCUGUAGGAAAACCGCACUCCUGCUCUUUCAGGCUGGGAGCUAUGGCACAAGGCUCUGAUGACAAGAUAGGUUUGUGCUGUCUUGACAUUGGGCUUUGCAUUAUACACAGCCUCCUUUGUGAUACAGUUGUGGGCAUGCCUUUUUAUGUAGGAUAAAAGGUAAACAAAGAACUCUUCAGAGUGAGAAAGAAGACAGUGGCAGACAUCCUUGUGUUUUUCUAUAUUCUUGCUUCUGAAGAAUUCUUUCAUUAAGGUUGCCUUACCUUUCAGUUAUUUUAGUGUCUUCCCACGGAUUCUGUCCUAACCUGGUCUGUCGGUGACAGCCCAACCAGACAAGUGGGGGGGACGCUUCAGCAGUUUUGAACAACAUUUUUGAAAAGUGAACUGAAACCAAACCGUCACAGACAGAUUGCUGAAAGAAAUGACUUACAGUUUCCCUUAAGAAUUGAUUCACUAGGGCUGGCAUCUGGCCUGGCAGUGAAGACAUCAGCAUCUCAAAGCAGAGUGGCUGGGGGCAAUUCCUGCCUGUAGCUCCUGACUCCUGCUAACAUGUAGCCUGGGAACCAGUGGUGAUGGUUGAUCCCCUGGCUGUUUCUGUCUCCCUGCUUUGGCCUUGGCCCGCCUGCUGCCAGAUAAGAUGCCAUUUGGGGAGUUAAGCAGUGGAUAGGAGUUCUAGCUCUGUCUCUGUCUCUGCCUCUCAAACUUUUUUUUAAAAAAAUUAAAAAUUAAACCCAGAACUUAAAAAAAAA